AUCUGCUGAGCGCAAAUGUAGUUACAGCUGAUGUUUCUGCUGCCGCUUCUGUCUGUUCCUCUGCAGCUGCUUCGCCUUUUCUACUCGCCCUGAUUUUUAUUUUUAUUUUUAUUUUAUUUCUUGCCACUGCAUUUUAUUUCCUCCCCUCCUGCGCUUUAGUGCAGAGCUUUUACGCAGCCCUACAGAUAAAUAAGGAAGUCCUUGGCGGAAAAUACCAAGCAAGCGUAUUUCAUUCGGCUUGGAUUUGAAAAAAAGACAUUUGAUCCGGACUGAUAACAGUGAGACAGCAAGCAAGACAUGCAGCAGAGAGGUCAGUAAAGAGGAUGACAACAUAACGAACUGAGACAGAGGGAUGAGAAGUCGAUUCAAGUAAGAAGAGGAAGCAGGACUCCAAAGUGCCUACAGUACGGUUUUGUCCUACAGCAGGAGAGAUUGUUCGGUUCGUUUGGCCUUGAAUUGAGGCUAUAUUUUGUCCUGACAGCCACAAAGUCAUCCAUCCCACAUUGGUGAGCUAUAGUCCCCACAUACCCGAAGCUGAGCUGCAGCUUCGUCUCUUCAUUACAAGGACAUUACUGGUGUAAGGUUCUGUUUCUUUCCCUGUCAGAGAACUACAGUAGAGCUGCAGUGACUUCCUCUCCUCUAAUCAUGUCGACAUGAAUAUAAAAGAGACCAUUAGUGAAUUUCAGUCUAUAGACAUAUCUGGGAGGACUAAAGUGAUGCUUUUUGAACAGUGCUUUUUCUUUCUCUUGAGACGGAGCUGGUCUCUGCUCAUAGUUAACAUCUGUUAUCUCAGCCAGUGAAACUUCAGCUGACAGUUUUCCCAGGAAGAGCUAGUAAACAUCCCCCAAAACACAUCAGUCAAAAAGGAACUUGCCACCUAUUUGCUCUGAAGGACAAAUAUUUUUAUUUUUUUUCCAUGGGGAUUUUUUGUUUGCUUUUGAAUCACUAUUAGUCAGCCCUGCUCGCAUUAGACAUUUUUUUUCCAUCCACUUGCUCCCACCACUGCUCAGUGUCUGUGAGCGUCUCAGAUGGCUGUCAGCAUGACCAUGGGGCGAGACACCAAAUGGCUGACCUUGGAAGUGUGUCGCGAGUACCAGAGAGGCACCUGCUCACGGUCUGAUUCCGAGUGUAAGUUUGCACAUCCCUCCCGGAGCUGCCAUGUGGAGAACGGCAGAGUCAUCGCCUGCUUUGAUUCGCUCAAGGGCCGCUGCACACGAGAAAACUGCAAGUACCUGCACCCACCUCCGCACCUGAAAACCCAGCUGGAGAUCAAUGGAAGAAACAACCUGAUCCAGCAAAAGGCCGCGGCUGCCAUGUUGGCUCAACAGAUGCAGUUCAUGCUGCCCGGGGCACAGCUGCAGCCAAUUACAACCUUUCCUGUCAACCCUUCCCUUGCAACCAGUCCCAGCAUGGCAUUUAGUCCAUAUCUGAGCCACAUGGGCCCAGCCAUGGGCCUGAUGCCGGAGCUACUGCCCAGUACUCCCCUUCUCGUCCCCGGGAGUCCCACUAGCCUGACAGCAAUGGGCAACGGCACCUCGGCUCAAAAACACGCCCGCACAGACAAGCUUGAGGUUUGCAGAGAAUUCCAGCGUGGUAACUGCACACGAGGAGAAAGCGACUGCCGCUAUGCUCACCCUCUGGAGGCCGGCAUGGUGGACUGCAGCGAGAACUCUGUCAUUGUGUGCAUGGACUACAUAAAGGGACGCUGCAGCCGGGACAAGUGCAAAUACUUCCACCCACCGGCUCACCUUCAGGCCAGGAUCAAGGCUUCACAGCACCAAGCCAGUCAAAACACAGUGCCUGCUCCCUUGGCUUUGGCUCCAGCCACCGUGCAGUCGCUGCCAAAGAGGCCGAUCUUAGAAAAGAGCAAUGGAGCUGCUGCUGCAGUCUUUAACCCUAGCAUGUUCCACUAUCAGCAAGCCCUGGCUAACAUGCAGCUCCAGCAACCAGCCUUCAUCCCCACUGUAGACUCCUCAGAGCUUCUGACUCCUGAACCGGUGGAACUGCAGUGCGUUCCCAUGGAAAACCAUUUCUGCCCUGUCCCAAAACUGCUGGUGGCAGCUCCAGUGGGAAUAAACUCAGUAAGCCUUUCACGAAACCCCAGUUAGAGUUCCUGAAAACCUGCAGCUCUGCAGCAAACAUGUGCCUCUCCCACAGUGCACACUGAAUGAGUGUCAGUGUGAAACUUCUUAUACAAUGUUUAUAAGAUUUAAGAAAAAAAAAACUGCAAUACAAGCCUGAACAUAAUAACGCUGCUUUACUGCAGCCAUAAAGAUGCAUACUGACGCGAUGAGCAAUAGAGCUCCCUCGUUCUGACAGCCAUACAUGACCACACUUAAACGUGGGCUCUUUAACAUACAUGCAUUCAAGACUAAAUGCCCUUUAUGGGUUGCAGCCAUUUCCUGAGGCAGCCCAACCCACCUGACUGAUCCAAAGUAUGAAAAGUUCUCUCUGGAUAUUCAGAACAUUGGAGCUGCAAACGGACCUGCUGAUGGUCUACAACCAUGACUUGUUUUAAAAAAUGAAAGAAUGUUCCAUAACGUGUCACGUUUAUGUUUCAGGAUGACUAAAAUCAUAUGUGUUGCACCAUGUGUUGUAUAUUGUUCAGUUAAUUCUCAUCUGAUGCCUGAUGACAUGUCAGAAAGAAGCUGUUGAAAAAUAGUUUGUGCCUUUGAGUAUUCUUCUGAGCAGCAGAGAAAACCGGCUUUCUUAAAAAAAUAUAUAUUUAAAAAAUGUUCACAGCAAAGAUGAAUUGAUGUCCAUAUUUAGAAUUAAAGGCAAUAUCAACUACAAGUGUGUUGCAUAUCAGCUAGGGGCUUCAAAUGGAGGCAGAUUUUGUUAAACUGUUAUGAUAUUAUGGUUGUGUUUCAGUAACUAGGAUUUAAGUUAAGUUUUGCCUAGUUAUAAUUAUAAUUUUUUGGACUGAAGCAGCAAAUUUACUUUAAUAUAAAGCAUUGUAAUGAUAUAUCAAAUUAGGAUGCAAUGGGUUUAAACUUUAAGAGUAUUUUAUUUUCAUUCACCUUUCACAUCAGUUUAAAACAAAUUUCCAAAACAGAAGAACAUGGGUUGAUCACAGCAAUGUUCUCCAAAAAGGGUAUCCCAUCUGUUCCCUCUCAUUCUGCAGAAUUUCCUUUUAUUAGCACAAAACUGAAGGACACUGUGUUUUUGGUAAAUUGUAAUUGUUUGUUUGUUUUUGUUUGUUUUUGCAGUGCAUCUUGGCUAUAAACCUUAUAUAAGUGUAUGGUUAGUUUAUCUCAAUGAAAUUGUGCCCCAUUUGUAAGGAAACUGCACCACUGGGUUAAUAGGCAAUGUUGAAUAUGUUAGUUUCUCAAAUUCUCUUUGCCAGUACGUCAGCAAACUGCAGCUAACAUCUCACUGUUCACAUUAGUUUACAAUCUAUCAUUAGAUUGGAUUUUUAGAGGUUUAAGAAACAAGACAUAUUGACAAUUUAACAGAAGUUCAGUAAGGUCUGAGAGCCGCUUGGCAUCUCCUCCCCAUGCUGGUCACCAUCUUGGUCACACACUGCUGUAGUAUAGCCUCUUAUUCUUCAACCAUAAUUUUUUCCAAGUCAGCCAAUUUGAAUGGAAAUAUAGGAUUAAACUCUGGUUGCAGAAUUUACUUUUAAUAUGCGUCUACAUCAAGAUGUUCCUCUACUGAUGACAACGCCCUUAUAUUUCCACCACAAAGAACUGGUUGGUACUUGCAGAGGAGAUGUUUCAUUUAAAGCAGGAAUGGGUAACUCCUUUCCUCAGGGGCUGGGAUGUGUCCCUGCUUUAAAACACCUGAAUCCAAUAGUUAAAUAAUUACCAGGACCCUGGAGAACCUGAACACUAAGGACAUAAUUCAGACAGUUGAUUCAGGUCUGCAAGGCUGAGGACACCUUGAGGUUGCAGGACACUGGCCCUCAAGGACUAGAGUCCUGGAUUUAAAGGAAACCCAGGCUUUCCAGCAAUAUAAGACUACAAGCAUUUGACCAAACAAAAGUUUAUACAAUACAGUAUGAAGUAAUAGUGAGCAAAAUUGUGAAAUUGAGAGUAACUACAGGCAAAAUAUAUUUAAUAUUUCUCCAACUGGAAACCCAAACCUAAUGUUAGUGUCAUUUAUGUAUAUUUAUCAGUUUCACUAUAAACAUGCGAUACUUAAAACCAAGAAAAGAUAAUUUUUUUAGUAAGAAGGUAAUUUUUAAUUAUUGUAGAUAUUUGACUACUUAUAGUUGGAUCCGUUUUUUUAAGGGUCUAGAUAAAAUGUUUUUCAUUCUCAUCAGCAAGAAAACCACAUUUUAUGAAAAAAGGCUUGUUGUAUUAAGUUAAAGGAUAUGAGCUAUCAAGUCAGCUUUUUGUUAUAAGAAGCUUGUAUUUAUUCUUGAAUUUAAAGUAAAAGUAAUAAAGCAGGAUUAAUUAACCCUACUCUUUUUCCAUUUUAGGACGUUUAUAAUGGUUUAUAGAAAAUCUUGGCUAAUCUAUUAAAAUCUGACCAUCUAUAUCAGCUGCUCUUCCUGGUAGGGAAGAUUUGUACCACUGUUAAAUUAGAACAGAAGGCCACUCAACAUCCCUCACAGGCGGUUUAAAAGAAUCAUAUAAACCAAAUAUCUGUAUUAUUCAUUUAUCCUUUUAAGCUAGUCAGGCCAAGACUCCUCCUCUUAGUUCAAUAUGAUGCUAUGCCUUUCGUUUGGCCUGCUAACAGAUAUAGUUUGCAUUUAAACUGAAGGCUGAAAGCAACUGCAGCUUCUUUUAGUCUCCCAGCAACAAGCACAAAUGAGUCCAGGUGCAAUUUGGAGUGGUUUCCACCCUUCUAGGGCUGGUCAUUUCAGCAAUACCUUUUGCAGUUUGCUAGGGGCCUAAACUUACCUCUGUAUUUAUCAACAUGGUGGGUACAGAUUGGUUGUAGCAGGUGCUUCAGCGAGAAAAGAACUCAAUAACAACUGGCUGCAACUAUGAUGCUGAUGGUUUAACCUUUCUAGUUCUUAUUCAUCUACCAUUUGGUGAGAAUUUACUUGCUGACCAACCUAAUGGGAGCACAACAUGCCCAUAAGACCUAACCUACUCGUCCCUGCAACAGGUUUCAACUUUGCCAUUGCUUUUUCGGUGCAACUUUAGUCCUUGCUGAACAGGAGCUAAGAGAUAAAGAUACAAUGAGUGAAAAGUAAACUGCCUUAAUAAAUCUUCUACAUUCUGGGGCCUGUCUCUGUUACGGAUUAGACUGCUCGGUUAUUAAACAUCUUUAUUUUUUUACAUUGAGAUUGUCUGCUCUGUUGUAAAUUUUGUUUGUGAGGGAUGAUGUUGUAACGGCUGUAAAGAAAGGGUUAGUUUGUCUUUAUUCCUCCAGUAUUUUAUUUUAAAGAACAUACUUGUGUCUUCAACAUUAAUCCUAUAAUAACACAAUUAGGAUCUAAUCAGCUCAAUAAUUGCAAACUGUUAGCACUGACACCUUUUUUUUCCAUCUGAUGUCAGCCAUUGCACAAGACAGGAGCUAGAUCUGUUUCCUAAUGUUGUGCCUGAAGUCUGUAUAUGCAAGAUGUUGCCCUUUUAUUGCAAUACCUUAGUCAAUUCCUCCAAAUAAUGCAUAAAUGUUCAAUGCAGAGAACCAUCUUAAAAAGGAAAUUUCUUUGUGGUUUGAUAAGUUUAAAGCUGCUUUUUAUGUAGAAAAGUGGCUCAUGAUUAUUAUGUAAAGGCACUUCAGGGAGAAAUCUUAGAACUUGAAAAUGUCGUGUCGGACUUUACAUCAUCACUUUGAAGAGAGACAAUGACGGAAAUAAAUUAAAAGUUAGGAAUGAAAAACACCUGUUAUUUUCAGUGAGAUGAACUGCUUUGUUUGUGUGUAACACUGAACUUGAAAACUGAAUGGAAACUGCUUUCAUCCAAAUUCAGAUGUGCCUCGUUCAAGUCUCCUUAAACCAUCACUGGCAAAACACUGUAAGAAUGAAUCAACGCUUAAAGAUUCCUCUCCCAUUUAGUAUGUUGUUACUGUUACAAGAAACCACAUCUAGUUUCUCAGAGACAGCUGUGCUGUCUUAUCGUCAGUGUAAGAAAUAAAUGAACCAGUGAUUAGUAGGUAAAAUUGGUUGUUUUUAAAUGCUGCAGAUGUUUUGGCAUUUUCAACUGAACAUUAUUCAUUUAAGAUCAUGUUGAUGUGUUGUGAAUGUACCUAAUGCAAAAAUUAUACAUGUGCCCCCCUUAAAGAAAGGCAUGCUGACAUGUUACUAUCACCAUAUAUAAACUAUUUCAGAGGUACCAUGAUGAUACUGUGUUAAGAUGUAUAAACUGUAUGUAUUGUUAUAUAGAUUUAUAUUUAAUGUCAUUACAUGGUGUGGCUACAAAAAAUAUUUUUCAACAUUUAAUUCUAAAGAUCUAAACAGGUAAUGUAUCAGUAAGAAUUUUUUUUAGAAAUGUUUUCAUCAAUCAACUCACAUAUGUCUCCCUUUGGACUUUGCUUUGCAAUUCAGCGUUCAAACUCAGUUUUACACGAUGGGCUGCAAAAAUACUAAGAAGCGUGUGUUUACACACAGUUUAACAUCUGAUCUGGACUUUUAUUAGAAACAAAAACAGGCUGAGAUACAAGGAUGGGGGGCAUUUGAGUUUAGUAUGAAUGUAGGCACAGUGUUUUUAGCGCACAGCUUGUAAAACUGAGCCUGAUGGCACAGAACAUUUAAAUCAACUAGAACUAGAUUUAAUGUCAAAGCUCUGUGAAACUGAAGUUGUGGAUAUUGAAAAAAAAAAGAAAAAACCUGCAUUUGUAAAAAAAAAAAUUCUGUUGAGAUCCAAAACUUUUUCUUAAGCACGUUUUCUUUGGUUGAUGCCAUGUUUCACGUCACAUGUUCUUUUUCUGCCUGUAUGAAGUGUAACAACAUGCACUAAAUACUCAUCUACGGUACAUAUUUAUUGGACAAUGGGAAAGUCAGCGUGGCACCUUUUUUUUUUUUUUUUUAGGACUGAACGUGGAUUUGAACCAAUAAAUAAACUUCAGUGUCAUUAGAUGAAACACUGAGGUUCCCUCAACUUUCAGUAAAUCUAUUGGUAUGUGUUUCUUAAACUAAAAUUCCUAUUUACUCGGGAGAAACUCACUUUAACUGUCCAUCUUAACAGUGCAUCCUUAGCACCACUAUGGGGAUAUCUUUUUUUUUUGUUUUGUAUUUGAGGAAUACAACCCAGCUAUUUAAAAGCAAUAACACUAUCAAAAAAAUAUCAAAUCUGAUCUUUUGGUUUCAGCCCCAUUUGAACUUCACAAAAACUUACCUGUAUCUAGAUUAUCUGAAACUUUACAGCAUCUCCAGCAAUUACUGGCAUCAAUGGUAAAGAGUUUUUUGUUGUUUUUUUUCUCUGGUUUAAAAAUUAACCUUUAAGUUUGAGUUUAAUUUACAGAAUCCCAUAUAUUUUUACCUGUAAGGUUUGCAAAUGACCAAAAUGCAGGGUAAAAUCCCCAUGAGACCCCAUUAUAAAAGUUUAUCUUCAAAAUAGAGUUGAUUUUGGGUUGAUGUCCACUUUAAUUAGCCCAAAUUGUGGAAAAUUGAAAACAAUUGAACAAAGACAAAUUGAUGUUUCCACUAUUGAUGCAGAGAAGGAAAACAAAACAAAAAAUCUCUUUGAAAACGAGUGAAUAUCAGGAUAUAGUGGCCAUCAGGUCUUGAUAACAGAGAUUUAUUUCAAGGAUUUUGUGCCAAUAUUUGAGGCUGAUGCUUUGGUUCUUUACUAUUAAUCAAACCAUAAGGUCUUUAGAGGCCUGUCAGCUCUACUGAGCUGCAUAUAUGUUAACCUCAAAGAUCAUCCUGAAGUCCACAACAGUCAGUUUGUUUAAAUUCAACAGCUGUGCAAAACUGAAGAAAAUAGCCGCCAUUCUAGCUGCUCCCUUUCUCAGGCUACUUCCACCAACUUUAUUUAAUUUUCCUGACGGUCCAUCAUGAAUUACAAAACAUUAAAUUAAAACUGCUUAAUUUUUUCAGCCACAUUAUGAAGUUGUGAGAUAUUAAAAAUAAAUGCCAUGCCUAAUAAUUAUCUUUUAUUUCUUUUUUACACAAACAAAACAAGAUAUAAAAAUAGUUUAGAUAUGAAUUCACAUAACAUAGCUAGACUCUACCAAACUGAAGAAUAAAAUAAAUCAAAAAUCACUGGCAACAAAUUAACAACAUGGCUACCUUCCUAUUAUCAUACUUUUUUUUUUUCAUUCUCAUAAACCUGAUUUGUUUGGGGGGAAAAAGGAAAGUCAGAUUAGCUCGUGUCGUGUUUAAAUAUAUUAUAUGGAGAGGUUAAUCCUUGUGAUUUCCAAACUGUUUUUAUUUUGUUUGGUUUUGUUGAAAAUAAAUUUUUGUCUUCUUGUUUAUCUUUUUUUUUUUUUUUCAGAAAAAAAGUACUUUAAAAGCAAACACUUAUUUGUCAGGGAGGUAAAAAGGCUUUUUGGACAAACUUUAGAGUCAAGCUAAUUCACCUCCUGUAGACCAAACUGUCUUUGCACUGCAGAGCUUUUGUUGGUGAGCUGACUUUUCAGUCCAGAAGUCUUUCGAUGCCCAGCUGUGCUGGGUGAUGUCUCUCCUGGCUAAAAUAUACAAGAAUGUCUGAUAUUCACCUUGUUUGCACUUAUGUACAUAAAUACUCCAAAUUUAUUUUGAAUAAUACAGAUAAAACAGAUGACUAAAAAUAAUCAGUGUAUUGUUAAUGGUGUGUUUAUUGUUUAUUGCAGCGUGAAAAUAUUUGAGGUAUCUGUUUGUUUGUGUGUUAGUGAUGACAUGCACUCUAUACUAUAUAUGAUUUGCUCUCAAAAAAAAUUCAGACCCAUUUAUAUUGAAAAGAAGAGGUGGAUUACUACAAAAUCUGCAAUAACUUAAGGAAAUUAAUGCUACCAUUGCUCUUGAAUUAAUGUCAUUAUUGAAUACAUGUUACUUUACCUACAGUAGGCUAAAAAUAACCAGAAAAAAAGCAGGUCGGAAGAUUUAAAAUCAGACUUGAAGAUAAUGCACAACAGAUGUGCUUAAAGGGUUUAAAUCUAACAUUCAUUUCUGCAAUUUUACUGCUGAUUUUAUUUUUACAUAAACUUUUGUUUGUUUUUUUCAGAAAAUAACAUGUCAAGGGUUUUUUGUUUGUUUAGUAGUUGUUUUUUGUGUGUUUUUUUGCUAGUAAAGCCAGAAAUUCUGCUGCCAUGGCUCCAGGCCAUGUUCUGGAUUAACUGUCCACCUGAACUGAUUCACAGCUCUAUGACUGUUUGGUGUUCAAAUAGAUCUCUUAUGAUUAAAGUAUACUCAGACUCCCUUAAAGCUUCAUUAUUGUGACUCUGUGGUUCCUUUAAUAACCUCGAUCUCACAAUACUGGGCCUUUUUUUUUUUUUCUCUUACACUUAGAGUUGAAUAGUUUUCAAGUUCAUGUAUUGUCUGUCACCAUAUCCUCCGCUGUUAAUGUGCCUUCAUCGUACAAAGAGUAAUUUUUAUGUUUAAUUCACAAAGGUAAACUGAAUGUGUGUAUAAGUAAUUUUAAGUCGUUUGUCUCGUGUGUCAUUGCAUCUUAGUAUAAGUUGAGUGCAGCAAUCACAGACUGAGUUUCGGCCUAUCUGAGAUGAAAAAGGCCUAAAGCUGUUGAGGACUAAGCCAUAAGAAAAUCAUUCUUGGACGCUUUAGGAGGGACGAACUGCUGCUCCUAAAUCAUCGAUCAUUUCAUUCAGCUUUCUGCUUGUGGUACUUGUAUGUGCUACUGUGCUCCACGCAAAUUAAUUUGCACUGUAUAGGUAUUAAGAGUUAAUAUGUGCCUAUAAUCAGUUCUGCUGUUUCUGUUUGACCUUAAAUAAAACGACACAUGGUAAUCCU